AUGCCACAGCUGCCUUAUGUCUUGUUGCUGGUGUUGUUGCUUCUGCAGCUUUUAUUGCCUCUCAUGCACUUCCCACUCUUGUUGUUGCAGGUUCCCUGUGUAGUCCCUACCUCCCUCACAGUUUCAAAAAAGGAUUUACCUAACAUUUGUCAGCUCAAUGCUGCUGCCAAAGAAAUUUUUGUGUUCAACAAAGAUCUCGGUACCAUUGACCGUCGUGUGUCCUGCCUGCACACGGGGAUUAAAUACGACAAGCUUUUCAUUCGGCUUGGACUGGAGAGGGGAAGGGACGUGUAUUUUCUUUGGUUCACCAACAUUAACAAAUCUAGAUCGUUGCUUUUUGAAGAGAUCCAUCUUUCCCGAAUGUAA